GCACUCAGAAUGCCUUUUCCCGCCCUCUGCCCCACCAGGCAUUGCAACAUGGUGCUGGAGAACGUGAAGGAGAUGUGGACCGAGGUCCCCAAGAGCGGCAAGGGCAAGACGACGACGCCCAAGCCUGUCAACAAGGACCGCUACAUUUCCAAGAUGUUGGGUUCCGGCAGCUACAUGUGUUUCCCUGAGGAGCUGAGAGCUAGUCCUUUGAGUCCUACUGACAGGAAGGAUAAGAAGAACCACACAAACAAGCUUCGGGAGCUGGCCUUGCUGAUCCCUGUGACCAUGAAGAGCAGAAACAAGAAGCACACCAAGAAGGAGAUCCUGCUGCGAGUCCUGCACUACAUCCAGUACCUCCAGAGAAGCAUCGACUCGGCCAAGGCUCUGCUCAGACUGCACGGCAGCAACAGCAAAGGACUGGGUCAGAACCCAUCUGCUGGCCCAACCCGGCGGAGACACUCCACCCCCCCCAGCUCUCAGAAGUCAUGCCUUUGGGGCACCUGCUCGAGACCCCGAAAGAAGAAGUUCACCCGAGUGUCAGAGCGCCCCACCUGGCCUCAGAAGCCUCGCCGCUCUCUGGCGCUGGACCAGCCUGAAAAUGUGGCCACUGAGCAUCCAGGUCAGAAGGAAGAAAAUGGGGAAAGUGCCACCUACCCAAGAGACCUCAGCCCUGGCACCCACCCCACAACUGCACUGUCCCUGUCGGAAGGUGAUGGAGGAGGGGCCCAGCUGGUGUUCCUGGACGUGGCUCAGAACGUGGUGGCCUACGACAUCCCAAGUGAUCAUGGUGCAGGGGCCCCGGAUGGUGAGCCCGACACUGACGUGAAGGCUCAGAGCAGGGUUCAGAGGUCCUAUCUCCUGACCAGGGCACAGCCCUGUCUAAGGCAGAAGCUAUUCUUGUGCACUUCCAGUGAGAGAGACAAAGAAGCUUCAGACAUUGACCCCUGGCUUCCUGCGUGGACCUCAGAGGACAGCCCCAAUGGAAGCCCACUGGCCUCAGGAUCUUCCCAGAUGAGUAACUGGCAUGUGACCAACUACCUGAGUGAGAUCUUAGGGUUCAGCUCUUCCCUCUUCAGCACCCCAAGCAAAAUCCUGCCAGAUCAUGUCCUGGAGGACGGCAGCUACUUUUUGACUGAAGGUCUCCUGGAGUGUUCGCCUGCUGCCUGUGAACUGGAGGGCCCCCAAGAGAAGGACACUCCCCCCGAGGGCCCUGCAGCCCCACAGAACUUGCAGUCCUCAGUGUCACUGGACCACUGCUACCUGCCGCAGAGACAGAACACCCAGGUGCUGUCCAGCAGCAGCUCCAGCUCUGAGUCCACAGACACGGAGUCCCUGUGGGGACAGGAGGUGAGAGGAGGCACCCACCCAGGGAGGACAGGGGUCUUCUUCCUCGCUCAGUCUCCUGUCCGGCAGCAGGCCAACCCUGUGGGCUUACAGAUCCCCAGUGACGAGGACAGAGACUACACAUGGACUCCUACCUGCCAGUCUUCUGGCCUGCUGGCAGCUGGCAAAAAGACCAAGAAGGUGCAGGCAAGCCAGGGCCCUGUGAAGCCCAAGGACAACAGGAAAGCCUGCUCUGGCCAGCUGAAGAAAAAGUGUGUUAAUGGCUUCAUCAUGUUCUGCAGGAUGAACCGGAAGCAGUACAUCCGAGCCUGUCCCGGGACUGCAUCCACAGCUGCCACCAAGGAGCUGGCUCAGCUAUGGCGAGGAAUGACUCUGGAGGAAAGGAGACCAUACUGCACUAAGGCACGCAGGUUCAGUCGCCAGCACAACCGCAUUGUGAAGCGGGAGAGCUCCAGCAGUGAGGAGGACGACGUGGAGACCCCCAAACCCUUCUACCAGCUGCUGGCUGAGAAGGCCCAAGUAUGUUUGGGCCUGGCUUCACUGCCCGGCCCUCACUGCCAGUGAGAGGGGCAGCCCCAGGCCCCCCUGGGCCUCAGCAGCCACCCCGAAAGGUCCCCCGCCCCGCCCUCAGCCCCAGAGAGGAAGUAUAUCUACUGAGCUUGCCGCGAGGAGCCCUUCCCACCUGUUCUUACAGGGUGGGUGUCCCAGAUGGGAUGCAGAGCUCCCAGAAUCCUGUUUCAACCCAGUUUGCUCUCUCUGCAUCCUUCCCUGCUGUCUUAAAAUGAAGUGGACCCUUUUUACGCGAGGGGGACAGGAGUGCUGUGUCCGGGAUCCCUUGGCCCUGGGUGGGCUUUCCACACAUCAAACCUGGGAGCCCUUUGCUUCCGAGAGCCCACAGGCAUGAAUUCAACCCCUUACCUCUGAAAUCCAGUCUUGGCAUGCGGUGACCCAUGUUCAUCAUUCUACCAUUCAGGAGGCCGAGGCAGGAAGUGGGAUUUGUAGGCCAGCCUGGGCUAUAGAACCCAACCCCACCUCAAAAAGAACCCAAACAAAACGCAAGCCACAGCCUCAGGCUGGGCGUUGUCUAGUUCUCUCUCGGGCUGUGACCCUUACCCCAAUGGCUCUGCUGUCUGUUAACUUGACUUUAAUUGAAAUGGAGGCAUAACAUGUCCUAGAAAAAUAAAGAUUUACGAUACAAACUAGA